GCGUGCCUCGCGCGCCGUCGCCUCUUCCGGCGCCAAGAUGUCGAAGCGCGGGCGCGGCGGCUCCUCCGGCGCCAAGUUCCGCAUCUCCCUCGGUCUGCCGGUGGGAGCCGUGAUCAACUGCGCGGAUAACACAGGCGCCAAGAACCUCUACAUCAUCUCCGUGAAGGGCAUCAAGGGGCGCCUCAACAGGCUGCCGGCCGCCGGCGUGGGCGACAUGGUCAUGGCGACGGUGAAGAAGGGCAAGCCCGAGCUGAGGAAGAAGGUGCACCCAGCUGUCGUGAUCCGGCAGCGAAAAUCGUACAGAAGAAAAGACGGCGUCUUCCUCUAUUUUGAAGACAAUGCAGGCGUGAUAGUAAAUAAUAAAGGAGAAAUGAAAGGUUCUGCGAUCACAGGCCCUGUGGCUAAGGAGUGUGCAGAUCUGUGGCCCAGGAUAGCCUCCAAUGCAGGAAGCAUCGCAUAAACGUGCUCGUCUUUGUAGAGAUAAAAUAAAAGUGCUCAUGUAAAAUAA